CACAGAUUACGAAUUCGGAAUCAAAACCAAAAAUGGCUGCCCAGAGGAAGAUGUUAACGGUGCUGAGUAUCGACGGAGGUGGCAUUCGAGGCCUUAUCCCUGGCACUAUCCUUGCUUCCCUCGAAACCAAGCUUCAGGAAUUGGAUGGAGCGGAUGCAAUACUAGCAGAUUAUUUCGACGUCAUUGCCGGAGCAAGCACAGGUGGUCUGAUAGCCACCAUGCUUGCUGCUCCAAUCGAUCAAGGCCGACCCUUAAUUGCAGCAAAAGAUAUCAACGAUUUCUAUCUGAAGCAUGGCCCCAAGAUUUUCUCCAAUGAGGGUCGUCUUAAAUUCGAGGAUUCAGUGGAAAAAUCUAUAAUACCCCUUGGACCAAAGUACGAUGGAGAUUACCUAAGAAAAUUGACAAAGGACUUAUUAAAAGACAUGAGUCUCAAAGACACACUGACGAAUCUGGUUAUCCCAACUUUCGACGUCAAGUACAUGCAUGCAGUGGUCUUCACAACCAAGAAUGCCAAGUCAGAUGUUUCGAACAAUGCUGGGUUAGCUGAUGUCUGCAACAGCACCUCCGCUGCUCCGAUAUAUUUUCCGGCAUACUACUUCGAAACCAAGGAUGCCAAAGGAAAUACCGUAACGUAUGAUCUUAUCGAUGGCGGAGUUGCUGCUGCUAAUCCUACAUUGAUAGCUAUGAACAGCAUUUCCAUGGAGACGUUCAAGCAAAAGAGUGAAACGAUGGAUGGUAGUAGGAUGCUAGUGCUGUCACUUGGCACUGGUGCAGCCAAGUUCGAAGAGAAAUAUAAUGCAUCUAUGGUGUCCCAAUGGGGAGUGUUCGAUUGGCUCUUUCACAAUCUCAAUAGCAGUCCAUUGCUUGAAUGUCUUGGCAGUGGAACCUCCGACAUGGUCGACUUCACUAUCGCUGCUCAAUUCCAAUCGGUCCAGUCCAUCGAAAACUAUCUCCGUAUUCAGGAAAACGGGCUGACGGGUGAUACGAUAUCGUCGGACAAUGCAUCAUGUGAGAAUAUGAACAACCUUAUAGACAUUGGGAAUAAGUUAUUGAAGAAACGAGUCUCGAGAAUCAAUUGGGAAACCGGAAUGUAUGAAGAAGUUGAAGGGGAAUCCACCAAUGAAGAAGCCCUUGCCAUCUUCGCUAAGAAGCUCUCCGAUCAAAGAAAGCUCAGGCCUUCUUCUUAAAUGGGCUUGAUUUUAAUGUAAUGCUUUGCUCCGACAAGUGCCUUUCCGUUUGGGGUGUCAAAUAAAUGUAAGAUCGAUUUAGAUCUUCACUUGUAUGUGUGAUUCAAUAAGUUGGAGUUAUUGCUCCGAUAAGUGCCUUUCCUUUUGGGGUGUCA